AUGUUUCCUUUUCUUUCUCUUUCCACUUUGUUUCUAUCCUUUUUUUUCUUUCCCUGUCUUGUUUUCUCUUCUAUUUUUCUUUUUCUAUAUCAAAUUUCUCUUCAUUAUUCUCUCUCUCGCUACUCUCUACUUUCUCUUCUCUGCCUUUUUCUCUGUUUCUAUCUCUCUUUCGCCCUUCUCUUUCGCCCUUCUCUUUUUCUCUUCUCUUUUUCUCUUCUCUUUCUCCCUUCUCUUUUUCUCUUCUCUUUCUCCCUUCUCUUUUUCUCUUCUCUCUUCUCUUUUCUUUCUUCUCUUUUCCCCUUCUCUUUUCUCCCUUCUCUUUUCUCCCUUCUGUUUUCCCUUCUCUUUUUCCCUUCUCUUUCCUCUUUCUCCUUUCUCUUUUUCUCUUCUCUUUUUCUCUUCUCUUUCUCCUUUCUCUUCUCUUUCUCCUUUCUCUUUCUCCCUUCUCUUUUUCUCUUCUCUUUUUCUCUUCUUUUUCUCUUCUCUUUUUCUCUUCUCUUUUCUCCCUUCUCUUUUUUACUUCUUUUCUCCCCUUUUUCUUUCUUUCUUUCUUUCUUUCUUUCUUUCUUUCUUUCUUUCUUUCUUUCUUUCUUUCUUUCUUUCACUUUUCUCCUCACUGCUUUCUCUUUUUUAUCAAACCAUUCCAUCUUGUUCCUUUCUCUCUUUCAUCAUUAUUUUCUGUUCUCCCCACCUUUUUAUCCCACCCCUAUUUCUUUUUCUCUCUCUUUUCUUUUUGGCUCUCUCUUUUAUCUCUUUUUCAUUUUCUCUCUCUCUUAUUGCUUUCUUUUCUCUCUCUCUUCUCUGUUUAUUUCUUUGUCUUUUUCCUCUUCUCUACCACCUCUUCACUUUUUCAUUUUUAUUUUUAAUUCUGAUUUAGACGUUUUCUAUUUUGUCUUUUUUUUCUCUUGUAUUACCCUCCCCCUCUGA